AUGGGGAACGACGGAGGAAGUAUCCCCACUCGCCGCGAACUGGUCAAAGAAGCGGCGAGAAAUCCCACGGCGACCGAGUUGAAAGACAAACAAAAAGAGCAUCUCGCUCAUCGAUGGUCUACAUGCCCUAUCUCCCAUAAACCACUCAUAAAGCCCGUUGUCUCCGAUUGCUCUGGUAAUCUGUACAAUAAAGAUGCCGUCAUCCAGUUCCUCCUCCCCGCCGAGGCCAGUCCAGUCGACAAGGACGAGUACGAAAAAUUCAUCCAAGGGCGUAUUAAAAGUCUGAAGGAUGUUGUGGAAGUCCAUUUCGACGAAGAACAUGACGAGAAGACCAAAUCGAUCAAAUGGAUCUGUCCCAUCACCGCCAAAGAGUUGGGACCCAACGUGAAAGCUGUGUAUCUCGUUCCUUGUGGCCAUGCGUUCUCCCAAGAGGCCAUCAAGGAGAUGAAGAGGGAGGGUACAUGUGUCCAAUGUGGUACCGCAUAUGAGGAACGAGAUGUCGUCCCAAUUCUACCCAGCAACGAACACGACAAAACCCGGGUGAUGGAGCGAAUGGACACUCUGAAAUCUCUCGGGUUGACCCAUGCUUUGAAGAAGGCUAGCGGAAGUAAAAAGCGCAAAGCAAACGGCGAGAGUAAGUUCGAGCCGGCAAAUGGCACCUUUGCCGAACCGAAAGAUAAAGGCCCCGACGGGGAACACAAGACAUUGGCGGCUAACAUUUCUCGGUCUGGCCCUCCUGUGUCCGGGACCUCUACCCCCAUGAUAUCCAACGGGAUUAAGAAUGCAGCAACGGCCAGUCUGACUGCUCGAGUGCUUGAGGAGGAAGAGGCAAGGAAAAAGAGAAGGCGCGACAAUGAAAACAUCAAUUCGCUGUAUGCCAAAAAGUCAGACAGUACGACGAGAAGAGAUGGUGAUUUCAUGACACGAGGCUUUUCCAUUCCCGCCAAUGCCCGUCACCAAUAA